GAAGGAAUGUUGUUAAUUUUUUAGUGUAUUCAUAUUUUCGAAAGGACCCAGACCCUGCCAAGUGGAAAAGGUCAAGUGGUUAGGUGGUCUAAAUUUAACCUUUGCAGCCCACUGCUCUGCCAAUAAUGAUAGCUGUGCUAUAUUUAGUAGGGUGGGUGGCAGCUGAGAAAGCAUUUAUUGGCUCUGAGCUGACAACGACACAGGCCCCAGUGCCAUACGAGACAUACAUUGUUUGGUGAUGGUGAAAAAGAAGAGAGCUUAGUCAUACUGAAAGGCACAUAUGAGAAGUACAUGUAUAAAGAGGCACAUCAAGAAGCUCAAUCAACAAACCAAACCAGUAGAAAGAAUUGGAGAGCAACCUGAUUGGAUUAACAUUACUAUUAAGAAGACAGCUUCUAUCUUGUGGAAUAUUUUCUAUGACCUCCUGCAACUGUUCAACGCAAAAUCAUAACAAACACAGAGGUCAAAUGUCAUUUCUUAAAGAAGAGAAGCUGAUUAAGGUCAAUAUUCUUUUAGCCUGAAGAAAAGGUCCUGAAGAUUAGUGUUUCGGCUGGUCCUUAAUGCUGAUAUGAUACUCCUGUUGACACUUUAUAGGGCCUCCAGUCCAAUUUAAGCGAUCUCUUCAAGAUGCAGAAGUCAGGGAAAGUGAUGUUGCUGUUCUGGAAUGUGAAGUUCCAGAAGAGUCCAUUUCCACAGCAUGGUACCUGGAGGAUCAGAGGCUGCAGCCAGGAAAUAUGUAUAGCAUGGUACAGAAGGGAACAUGGAGAAGACUAACCAUACAAAAUGUUAGAGCAGAUAAUGAUGGAGUUUACCUGUGUGAGAUGCCUGAUGGUGGAAAGACUAUUGCAGAACUGGCAGUUAAAGGUACAAUUGUGACGAAACUUCCACGGAGGUUAGAGGUGAUGGAAGGAGAGAAUUCAGCAUUCCUUGUUGAAUUGGAACAAGAUGACAUGCCUGUCUAAGGAAGAUAUGCGUGGGGAAUGGUACACAAAUGGCAGCAGGAUACGCCCCACUACCAUCAAGACUAGUUCAGAGGGCAAAAAGCACUGCCUGCUUAAAUGCAACGUCAAGCCAGAAGAUUCAGGAGAAAUCAAGUUUGUUUCCAAACAGGUGGAGUUAGUUGCUUAUCUUGAGGUUGAAGAACUUCCUGUAAGCAUUGUCCGUCCCCUCAGGGAUUGUACAGCACUGGAAAAACAUAGAGUCAUUCUAGAAUGCACUGUAUCAUCCACAAAUUGUGAUGUCACCUGGUAUAAAGGGGACCAAGAGUUGGAAUCUACAGAGCGCAUGGAAAUAAUACAAGUAGGCUGUUAUCAUAAACUUGCAAUCCACCAAGUGGCGUUAGAGAAUGAGGGAACCUACAGUUUUGAGGUUGGGGAGCAUUCAUCCACAGCCAAGCUGAUGGUGGAAGCCCAGACUAUCCAAGUGGUGGAGGAUAUAGAGGAUGUGGAAGUGAAAGCUCCUGAAACAGACUGCUUCCAGUGUGAGGUGUCCGUGACCCUCAUCAAGCCUCCUAUUUGGACUCUGAAUGGGGAGACCCUGCAGUCAGGGCCCAGUGUCCGGAUAGAGAACCAAGGGACCGUCCACAUACUGACAUUCAAAAAAAAAAAAAAAAAAACAGCUCUGAUAUGAGUAGGACAGACAAGUUUACCACAGGGACAGCCAAGACUGUAGCAAUUAUGAAAUGUCACAUACAUGAAGUCAAUAUAUAAAAGGGGAAUAUUAAAAUAUAACACACACACACACACACACACACACACACACACACACACACACAUAUAUAUAUAUAUAUAUAUAUAUAUAUAUAGUGAAAAAUGUAAUGAUUUCAACCUGAUGAUUGUCAGUAUGGAAUAUCCAGCUAAGUUGGAACAGAAUGCAGCAGGAAGCAAGUGUCAUUGCAAACUCAAGAUGGACACUGAAAGUGUUAUGAAGAUGCACAAUGAUGUUUUUAUUGGUUUUUUUUGUUUUGUUUUUUUUGCAGUACAGCCAUUAACUCACUCAUGAAUGUUGAUGAAGAGCAAGUUGUAUGUU